AUGUACUCAAACGUCUUCCUCCUUCGCUGGGCAGCCACAUUAUUGGCGUCGACCACUGCCGUCUACGCCGCCCCCGCGCAGCAAGCCCCGGCACUGCACCCCAGAGCCGACUUCAACAUCCUCGUUGGCGGCAACGUCUCCCUUCGCCUCAUGCCCCUCGGCGCCUCAAUCACCUACGGCCUAACCUCCCCAGACGGCAAUGGCUACCGCAAGGUCCUCCGCGACCUCCUCGUCGCCGACGGCAAUCCCGUCGACAUGGUCGGCAACCACCCCAACGGCACAAUGGAGGACAACGACAACGAAGGUUGGUCCGGCUUCCGCAUCGAACAGGUCCUCGCAAAGGCAAAGAUCUCCGUACCCGAGACCCUGCCGAACCUAGUUCUCAUCAACGCCGGCACGAACGACUGCGCGCAGAGCUUCGACACGGAUAACGCGCACGUCCGGAUGCUUGAGAUGAUGGAUUACAUCUGGGAUACCUCCAAGCGCGCCACCAUUGUCCUCUCGACCCUCCUCGUGAACGGGAACAACAACACGGAAGCAUGUGUCCUCAAGGUCAACGAGCAGUACAAGACGCUCGCCUCGGAGCAGCAGGCGCUUUCGAAGAAGGUCGUACUCGUCGACAUGCACUCCGACAAGGGCCCGCUCAAGAGCGAUCUUGUCGACGGCACCCACCCCAGCGAAGCGGGCUACUCAAAGAUGGCGUAUAUCUGGUUCGAUGGCAUCAAGGACGCUGCAUCGCGCGGCUGGCUUGAAUCUCCUCAGCCUCUGCCCGAUAGCAAGCGGUCCGAAUGA